UGUCAUAGGAUGAACCCUGCUGGACCACUCUUACUGUCUGUGAUAUCGUGUCUCCUGUGGCUAUCCCAGGGCUUCGACCCAGCUCCCAGCGCCUGCUCCGCCUUGGCCUCCGGGGUCCUCUACGGCUCUUUUUCACUGAAGGACCUCUUCCCCACUGUCUCCACCGGCUGCUCGUGGACCCUGGAGAACCCGGACCCGACCAAAUACUCCUUGUACCUCAAGUUCAACCGGGAAGAGCAGGUCUGCACCCACUACUCGCCCAUGGUUCUGCCGCUGGAUCAUUACCUCUCCAAUGAUACCUGCAGCCAGCCAGAAGUGACGGCCCUGCCUCAGGAGGACCAGGAAGAGGAAGAUGGGGAUGUCAGGUUGGAGCUUUGCCAAGGGGGAGGCCCAUUUGCCUUUUUCCAUUUUGACAAGAACUUUGUCCAGCUGUGCCUGGCAGAAGAACCCGAGGCAGCCACUCGCCUGCUGCCCCCAGAGGCUGUAGAGUUCCGCUUUGUGGAAGUCCUCCUGAUCAACAACAACAACUCCAGCCAGUUCACCUGCAGCGUCCUGUGCCGUUGGCUGGAAGAGUGCCUCCGUCUUGGCACUGGCCAGCCCUGCGGCCUCUCGCAAACAGGGUGCGUUUGCCAGCCCCCCCAACCCCUGCCGGCCCCUCCACAGCUCAACCAGACACUCUCCAAUGCUCUGACACCUCCCGCUCCCAGCGGCAGCAGCAACAGCGAGUGCUGCGUGACUGAAUUGCAUUCUGGGAAUGCGAAUGAUGUAUACUCUCCAGCCAUUAAGUAUGGUGAUGCCGUGCGUGAAGAUCAGAAGGUGAAGACUCAGUGGCCACGGUCAGCAGAUGAACCAGGAGUGUACAUGGCACAAACAGGAGACCCUGCAGCGGAGGAGUGGUCCCAGUGGAGCGUAUGCUCACUGACCUGUGGGCAGGGCACCCAAGUGCGGACCCGCUCCUGUGUCUCGUCACCCUAUGGAACACUGUGCAGCGGGCUGUUGCGGGAGACACGGCUGUGCAAUAAUACUGCCACCUGCCCAGUUCAUGGCCUGUGGAAGGAAUGGUCCCCUUGGAGUCUGUGCUCGAUGACUUGCGGGCGAGGGUCCCGGAUCAGAAUGCGGCACUGCAUUGCUCCCCAGCAUGGCGGGAAGGCCUGCGUGGGGCCUGAGGUGCAGACUAAGCCCUGCAAUAUCGCUCUCUGCCCCGUGGAAGGCCAGUGGCUGGACUGGGGAUCCUGGAGCCGCUGCUCUGUGUCGUGUUCCAACGGGACUCAGCAGCGCACCCGCAAAUGCAGCGUCUCAGCUCAUGGCUGGGCAGAGUGCAAAGGGGCUCAUGCCGAUGCCAGGGAGUGUUACAAUCCUGAAUGUCCAGCCACGGAUAGCACAUGGGGACCUUGGAACCACUGGAGUUUGUGCUCCAAGACGUGUGACACAGGCUGGCAGAGACGUUUCCGCAUGUGCCAAGGGACGGGCGUGCAAGGCUACCCAUGCGAGGGCAGCGGGGAGGAAGUCAAGACAUGCAACGAGAAGAAAUGCCCAGCGUACCACGAGAUGUGCAAGGAUGAAUACGUCACACUGAUGACCUGGAAGAAAGCUGCCGCCGGUGAAAUAGUCUACAACAAAUGCCCAGCCAAUGCCACAGGAUCUGCCAGUCGCCGGUGUCUGCUGAAUUCCCAGGGUGUGGCUUAUUGGGGUGCACCCAGCUUUGCACGCUGCGUUUCCCAUGAAUACCGAUACUUACAUCUCUCACUCCGAGAGCAUCUGGCCAAGGGGCAGCGCAUGCUGGCAGGAGAAGGCAUGUCUCAGGUGGUCCGUGGGCUGUUGGAACUUGUGGCACACAAGACAUACUACAGUGGGGACCUUCUGUUCUCUGUGGAGAUCCUGCGUAACGUCACAGACACUUACAAGAGAGCGACCUACAUCCCCUCUGCAGAUGAUGUGCAGCGAUUCUUCCAGGUUGUCAGCUACAUGGUGGAUGCAGAAAACAGGGGCAAGUGGGAGGAUGCUCAGCAGGUCUUGCCUGGCUCUGUCCUCCUCAUGAAGGUGGUUGAAGAUUUCAUCCAUCUGGUGGGAGAAGCACUCAAGGCCUUCCAGAGUUCUCUCAUUGUCACGGACAACUUGGUAAUCAGCAUCCAGAGAGAGCCAGUUUCGGCAGUCUCCAGUGACAUCAAUUUCCCCAUGAAAGGUCGCCGGGGAAUGAAAGACUGGGCACGGCACUCAGAGGACAAGAUCUUCAUCCCCAAGGAAGUGCUGAGCCUCUCAUCCUCGGGUAAGUGUUGCUGGUUGAGCUGCUCUGCAUCUGGGGUAGUGGUGAGUGGGCUAUGCACGAUCCCUUCAUACACCUCUCUGUUGGAAGCAGAAACAGAUGAAUCGGCCUAUUUUGUCAUCGGUGCCAUACUGUAUCGUACGCUGGGAUUGAUCCUGCCUCCUCCUCGAAGUCCCUUGGCUGUCAUGUCCAGAGUUCUUACAGUGACAGUGAGGCCACCAACCAAGGCUGUGGAAUCCUUGAUUGCUGUGGAAUUGUCCCACAUCUUCAAUGGCACCUCGCGUCCUCAGUGUGUGACUUGGGAGUACACAAAGCCGGAGGUUGGCUCUGGGAACUGGGACACAGAGAGCUGCCAGACGGUGGAAACUCUCUCCGCUCACACCAAAUGCCAGUGCAACCAGCUCUCCACCUUUGCUGUGAUAGCCCAGCUGCCCAAAGAUCUGGCCAUGAACUACGCUGGUUCCCCCUCUGUCCCUCUCAUGAUUGGUUGCGCUGUUUCCUGUAUGGCUUUGCUGACCCUGCUGGUGAUCUAUGCCGCCUUUUGGAGGUUUAUCAAGUCAGAACGGUCGAUCAUACUUCUGAAUUUCUGCGUCUCCAUUUUGGCUUCCAACGUGUUGAUUCUGGUGGGGCAGUCCCAGAUGCUCAGUAAGGGUGUCUGCACUAUGACAGCUGCUUUUCUCCACUUCUUCUUCCUCUCUUCCUUCUGCUGGGUGCUGACCGAGGCCUGGCAAUCUUACUUGGCUGUUAUUGGCAGGAUCCGGACACGCCUCGUCCGUAAACGCUUUCUCUGCCUCGGGUGGGGAUUACCAGCCUUGGUGGUUGCUGUCUCCGUCGGCUUUACUCGGACCAAAGGAUAUGGAACAUCCAGCUACUGCUGGCUGUCCCUUGAAGGGGGGCUGCUGUAUGCCUUCGUUGGCCCAGCUGCCGUGAUCGUUCUGGUCAACAUGCUGAUUGGAAUCAUCGUAUUCAACAAGCUCAUGUCCCGUGACGGCAUCUCGGAUAAGUCCAAGAAGCAGCGGGCAGGCUUCAGGGAUCCCCCAUGCAGUGGCCUGCUGCUGAAAUGCACCAAGUGCGGACUGGUCUCGACCACGGCCCUCCCCUCAGCCGUUGCCCGCAGCGCCAUGGCAUCGCUGUGGAGCUCCUGUGUGGUUCUGCCCCUGCUGGCGCUCACCUGGAUGUCAGCUGUGCUCGCCAUGACUGACCGGCGCUCCAUCCUCUUCCAGGUCCUCUUUGCUGUCUUCAACUCAGUCCAGGGCUUUGUCAUCAUCACUGUCCACUGCUUUCUGCGCAGAGAGGUGCAAGACGUGGUGAAGUGCCAGAUUGGAGUCUGCAAGAGUGAUGAGAAUGAAAACUCUCCUGACUCCUGCAAGAACGGGCAGGUCCAGAUCAUGACAGAUUUUGAAAAGGAUGUUGACCUGGCAUGUCAGACAGUCCUCUUCAAAGAGGUUAACACGUGCAACCCAGCCACCAUCACAAGUACCUUAUCGCGCAUCUCCCUGGAUGGGGACGAGGAUCCUAAGCUCAACUCCAGCUCCGAGGGUGGCUUGGGCUUCUCCACUCUCCCCGGGAAUAUCCCACCCACCUCGAUCCUAGUCCAGGUGCCCCAAAUGACUCACAACAUGGUAAAGGGUCUGAACGAACUCAACGACCCACCCACCAAGAAGGACAUCAACUUGGAUGCCACACGGGGGCCCGUCUACAUGUGUGGUGAGAGCAAUCUGCGACAGAUGGACUACAGCUGGCUACGACCCCAAGAGGCUACCAUGGAGAGCAACUACAUGGUGCUGCCACGGCGGACAGUGAGCCUUAAGCCCUUCACUAGGGAGGAGGGCAAGCUCAACAUCAAACUGGACGAAGCGCCAAGCAUGACCAAGGUCCGUCAUAUGAUGGAGGCCGAGGCCUACCCUUCCUUUGCCUCGGUAGACCACAUCAACGUGAACUUGAACCAGCCCUAUGGGACAAUCAAGCACCCAUAUGGCCUCCAGUUCAAGCAACAGCCCACAGUGCGGCAGAUCUUGGCCUCAGAGAUGUCAGAGCGCAGCCGCACCAUGCCACGCACCGUGCCAGGUUCCGCUAUGAAGGUGGGCUCUCUGGAGAGGAAAAGGCUACGGUAUUCCGACCUGGAUUUUGAGAAAGUUAUGCACACAAGAAAACGCCACUCGGAACUUUACCACGAGUUGAACCAGAAGUUUCACACGUUGGACCGGUAUCGAACACCAGCAACCAAUGCCUCAAAGAGAGAGAAGCGGUGGAGCGUCUCUUCAGGGAGCGGGGAAAAGAACAUGGCCAGCGAGGGAGCCAGCCCAGACAGCCGGCAGCAGAAGCAAAAGUCUUGGAGCACCUUCAAGGCCAUGACACUGAGCUCCCUGCCCUCCAAACAUCGGGAGAAACUGGAGCUACAUUCUGCUGCUGACUGGGAAAAACACUGUAUGAGCCUGGAUCUAUCCGAGGGGGACUUCCAGACAGAAGUGUGAGCCUUGUGGACUCUGGGAUUU